GCUGUUGCUGCCCCGCUCAGUCGCGGCGGGGGCGGCGCGGGCGGCUCACGCGCGGACCGGUCGCGCGACCCCGGCGACCUCACUCAACUUGCCGUUCACUUGCGCGUGCGCAGACUAGCGCUCCCAAACUGCUCCUCCAUUUUUAUGUUCAUUUAUCUCAUAGAUUGUGUCAAAAUGAAGACUGUUUUGUGCACAAUGGCUCGUUUACAAUGUGUAGUGAUAGUGAGUUUGUCGGAUGCCACCACCGUCGUCGCGCCUCGAGCCUGACCUCAACAUGUUGGAGUGCGAUGGGGGUGGAGGCUCGCGCUAGCAUGCCGGCGGCGGCGGAGCGCGCGCGCAGCCCCAGCCCCGGGCACCAGUGCAAGCGGCGCCGCCUGUCGCGCCUGCUGGACAAGCUGGCGGUGCAGCUGCGGCGCCAGUGCCCGCCGCCCGCGUGGCUGCGGCCUCCCGCGCCCGCGCCCGCCCCCGCGCCCGCGCCCGACGCGCCGCUCGACCUCACCGUGCGCGCCGCGCCGCCGCCGCCGCCGCCGCCGCGCCACGCCUGCCCCGACUGCGGCCAGGCCUUCGCGCUGCAGGACCGCCUGGCCAAGCACGUGGCGUCGCGCCACCGCGGCCGCACGCCCGACGCCGCGCGCGCCUACGUCUGCGACGUGUGCCAGCGCCGCUUCGCGCGCUCCGACAUGCUGACGCGGCACGCGCGCCUGCACAGCGGCGUCAAGCCCUACGCGUGCGGCGCCUGCGGCCAGGUGUUCUCCCGCUCCGACCACCUGGCCACGCACCAGCGCACGCACACCGGCGAGAAGCCCUACCGCUGCCCCGCGUGCCCGUACGCCGCGUGUCGCCGCGACAUGAUCACGCGACACAUGCGCACGCACGCGCGCCGCGCGCCGCCCGCCUGAGCCACACUGCUUUAACUCUUGAUCAUAUUUAUGUUCAGAUUGUUUCUUCCAGGCUUGCUAAUACAAUACAAGUCUAUGCUCGUAAUCGUGUUUAGUGCUCAAAUUCUGUUUAUAAUUUUAUUAAGUUGUCGUUCUCGUGAAAUUAUCGCAUAACUGUUAUUUCAUUCUGUUUAGUUAUCUGUUAUUUUAAUUAUAUUCAGGGAUUUUGUUCGGAAAGACUGAACUUUUUUCUAUUCCAAAGGAUUGUUUUGUUAUAAAUUAUAAAAUUAUAAUGCUUCAAGCAUUCUUAUUAUAAGUUUAGCAGAUACCUAAUGAUAAGUUAAUAAGCCUAUUUAUGAUAAGACCAGGAAGACAGUGAGUAAAUUUUAAUAUUUUAGAGUACUUAAGCAUUUAGUGUUUUAAAAUGAUACUUAAAACACAUUCAGGGCAAUAGUUAUAAUUUAAACUACCUAUACAUACCUAUAUCAGUUUUUAUUGUUCUAACGUCCACAGACGCUAUUGCCCCGCUUUGUCACGACACUUAUGAGUAAGAGUUCUUAUUAUUACCUACUUACCUAAUUGCAAAAGCUAAAUUAUGAGUAUAAUCUAGGUAUUAUUAUCAUAAAUUAUUAUUUAUUAGUGACAAAUGUUAAAAUACUUUUGAGGGGGGUGGGGUGGGCGGACGGUCAGACUGAUCUGAUGCAGAUUUCUAAGAAGGUCUGUUUUAUAAACGUUUCACAUCAGUUUCCGUUUAUUGAAGACUUUUAUAUUUUAAAAACAUUACUGAAUUAAAACCUACGGAAUUAAAAAGAUAGAUGGUAGGUACUUACUUAGAAAUUAAAAAGGUUUUUUUCUAAAUUGUGAUUGAAGAAGGAAGGGGUCGAAUGUAGCUGAACCUGUGAUUUGUAUCUACAAAAUUUUACAGGAGUAGGUGGAGGUGCGUGUGCAAAAACACAGUUUCGCAUUUCCGAUAUUUUACUAGCGAGGCUGCGCCGGCGAGUUAUUAAAUUCCUUAUUUUAUAAAAGUGUGUUUUGAGCGUAAUCAAAACGUUUGUUAUGAACUAUGUUAACUAAGCUACAUUUUUACUCGUUACGUUAAAUUAGUCUCUGUGUAGGUACCUACCUCUAAUAUAAGAACUUUAUCAUAGUAACUAAGUACUUACCUAGAUUAAAAUGAAUUUUAUAUAUAAAAUAUGGACCUACUGCAAUGGGUAAGUAGAAGGCAUUUGAGAAACGUUAUUUGGUUAUUAUAGUUUUAUUACUUACUUAUCUAUUUACAAUCAUGUAAGUACAUACUUACAGAAAAACUGAAACUGUUCAUAGUUCUUUUUCUACAUGACGUCGCCGUAGCCGUACCGUACAUAGCAGGUAGAUUGUGUUUCGUACAUUUUAGUUGUUAAGUUGUAAGUUUGAAUUAGGUAUGCUCAUCUAUUAUGUACAUAGUUACCUUCCUAUUAUGUAUCUCUACAUUUAUCUGAAAAUUAUUUUUGUUACUUAUAAAUAUGCUUGAGGUUUAAUUUUUUGUGUGGUUUUUCAAAGCAAAAAUGUUGAAAUGGUUGAGUUUUUCAAGGAAUUAUCAUAUGCCUACUGUGUAGUUAUUAAUUAUCUCUAAUUUGUUGUAAUUAAAUUGCUUUGAUUCGCUUUUACCUCUCUGUGAUUAUUUUGUUAAACUGUUGCUCUGAAGCGUUUAAAUACCUGUACAACUUAAUUAUUUAUUGACUUAUGAAUAAACCUGUUUGGA